UUAACUGCGGGCGUGACGCUAACAGAUCGCAUUAGCUAGAAAAAUAAUGGCCUCAUCGUAGUAAAAUACUAGCAUGUCGGCUUUAUUUGACUUUACAUUGAAGACGUCAACAUAGCGGACCAUGUAAUCUGUUAUCUUAACAUAGUUGUCCUUUACAGAAUAUAUUUGUUUCAUUACCUGGCCGGCAGCUCUGUUGCUUGGACGAGGACAGUGGAAAGCAAUGACGCUCAGCAGGAUCCGCCGACAUCCUCUGACAUGUCCAGUUUCGCUAGCCAUCUUUCUGCUAAUAUUGAGUGUGCAGCUGGUGAGAGCAGCCUCUGAAAAUGACCCCUACAAAAUCCUGGGUGUCGGCAGGAGUGCAAGUCAAGCAGAAAUCAAAAAGGCAUACAAGACCCUCGCAAAGGAAUGGCAUCCAGACAAGAACAAGAGCCCUGGAGCUGAGGACAUGUUCAUUAAGGUUUCAAAGUCAUACGAGAUCCUGUCAAACGAGGAACGAAGGUCCAACUUCGACCGCUAUGGGCAGACUGAUGAUAGCCAGCCAUUCGGCCAUUCACAGCAUCAAGGUUUCCGCGGCUCUCACAACAGCUUCUACUUUGAUGAGUCUUUUUUCCAUUUCCCCAGGUCCAGGGACUUUGCAGAUAGCAAGUACCUGCUUCACCACGCGCAGUUUAACAGCGACGUCCUCCCAGACAGUUACAAGAGGCCGUACCUGAUCAAAGUGACCUCUGAGUGGUGCUUUGCAUGCAUCCACAUUGAGCCUGUGUGGAAGGAGGCGGUGCAGGAGCUGGAGCCUCUGGGUGUUGGCAUUGGCAUCGUGGACCUGGGUUACGAGCGUCGCCUGGCCAACCAACUGGGAGCCCACCGCGCCCCCUCCAUCAUCGGGCUGGUGAACGGCAGGGUGACCUUCUUCCAUCAGGCUGUGAUACGGGAGCACCUGCGACAGUUCAUUGACGACCUGCUGCCCCAUAAACUGGUGGAAAAGAUCACAGAUAACAACUACAUUGCUUUUCUGGAUAGCUGGCGUGUGGAAAAUAAGCCCAGCGUUAUUUUGUUUGACCAAGUUCCUGUUGUUCCUCUACUCUAUAAAUUAACAGCCUUUGCCUACAAAGACUAUGUGCGCUUCGGGUACGUGGACCAGGGUGAGAAACACAACAAUCGGCUCCUGCGGCAGUUCAACAUCAACACGUACGCUCCCACCAUGCUGCUGUUUAAAGAGGAUACUGAGAAGCCUGUUGAUAUCAUCCAGGCCAGAGGGAUGAAGCGACAGAUCAUGGAGGAGUUUGUCUCCAACAACAAGUUCCUGCAGGUUCCACGGCUGGUCAACCAGCAGCUUUUUGAUGAGCUGUGCCCUGUCAAGCAGUUCCACCGACGGAGGAAGUACUGUGUGCUGCUGAUCACAGGGGAGGACCAAGCCUUCCUAACAGGCAAUAAAGCCUUCCUGGACUUUGCAUCGGUCAACAAAAAAGACGUGCUGCGGUUUGCAUACGUCUACCAGCGGCAGCAGCAGCCUCUCUGCCAGGCACUGCUCCAUAAUCACGCUGCACUCUCACCCCAGGUGGUGAUUCUCGAGAGGCGGAGCCAAGCCGGUAAGGUCAUGUACCGCUCUGUGAGUGGUGGAUGGAACGGCAGCGAGGAAGAUAAGUACCGCCUCCACGAACAGCUGGAGAUCCUUCAGAAGGACCCCACCUAUCUGAGCUCAGACGCCACCCUGCCAGAACUCAACAACGAGAUGGCCCCCAUGUUUAUCAUUCAGUGGAUGAAUGCUGCCUCUGAUUACGUCCUUCAAGUAUAUGAUGACCUUCUCUACUCAAACUGGCGAGAGAUGAUGCCCAUCCUGUCGCUGAUCUUCUCAGCGCUCUUCAUUCUUUUUGGCACCGUCAUCAUUCAGGCCUUCAGUGAGCCAGGUGAGAGCACACCCCGGAAACCAAAACCAAAGGAGCAAACGCAGUCCGAGGAAGACGCAUCGAGUAGAGCCAGUACUUCAAGCCGUCCUCCUAAGAAGGACUUUGUGGAAGUGACGGAGCUGACGGACAUCACGUACAUCAGCAACCUGGUGAAGCUGAGGCCCGGCCACAUCAACGUUGUGCUGGUGCUCACCAACGCCUCCAAGAAUGCCCUGCUCAGGAAAUAUGCCAAGGAGGUUUUUUCUUUCUCUGGGACUCAGACGCUCCACUUCUCCUUCCUUAACGGUGAUAAGCACCGCCACUGGAUGCCAUCGCUCCUUCGCUCGACAUCUGACACCAUGCCGAGUCAUUCGGACGAGGAUGAGGAGUCUCCAGACUACGCCGGCCACGUCCUGGCCCUCAACGGCCACAAGAAAUACUUUUGCCUCUUUAGACCCGUCUUCACCGGAGACGAUCCCAACGACUCGGCGUCUGACACCUCGUCCUCUGAGAGCAGGAGGAAGUCCCGGUCCAGGUCCAGGUCCAGCUCCCACUCUCGGUCCAGGUCCCAUUCCAGGGAGGAUGGGGCCGUACCCAAGAGGGGCUCAAACAGGGCCACCACCAUAGAAGUGCACCACAAGCUGGACAGACUGGGACUGUGGAUGGAGAGGCUGAUGGAGGGGACCCUCCCCCGGUUACAGGUCACCGCAUGGCCCUCUCUUGGCGAAACCAAUAACUCCUCCGCAGAGAGCUGAGUUUAAAGUUACAAAGGUCAAAUGGUAGCGCACACACGCCUGAUGAGGGUCUUCAGCAAGAAAACUGCAGAACAAUGUUGCAGUUUUCAAAUCAUAUUUUAGGUUCUGUUUCACAAAAGUAUGUCGUCAAACUAAGCUGUCGCGAGCUUUUUACAGACGGUUUUAUUUGAUCUGCUAAACAGUUUGAAGCAGAUCAAAAUGUAUGGUUUAGAGAGAGUAGUGUGCUACCACAAACCUUUAACACGCGCAUGAGGCAAAGGUUAAGAGUUUGCUGCAUGAAGCGGCUUCAUGUCUUAAGUACAAGGCAAAGGGAGGGAAAAGAAGAGACUAUAGGAAAAAUCAAUACCUAUUACACACACACACACACACACACACACACACACACACACACACACACACACACACACACACACACAC